GGCGGUGGUUUGCAAACCAACGAUUAUUGUCUUCUCGUGUAGUGAAUCAUUCCGCAUCGUCGCUGUUUUCUAUAUCUCACUCUUCUGUAUCUGCUAUCAUUUUUCAAUAAUGCCUUGUGCCAACGAAAUGUUUGUCAAUUCCAAAGCUCGGACAUGGACAUGCUCCUCUACUAUCGAUGUCGAAAUCGAUAAGUUCCACCGCAGCCUGCCAGGCUAUUCACAGACCCCUCUUCUUGACUGUAGCUCAAUUGCAGCAGAGUUAGGCUUGAAGAACGUCUUUCUCAAAGAUGAAUCAGCCCGUAUGGGCCUUCCGGCGUUUAAAAUCCUAGGCGCAUCUUGGGCAACAUACAAGGCCAUUACAAAGCUACUUCAGCUUCCGCCAACGGUCAAUAUCCAAAUCGUCAUGGAUGGUAUUGCUCGGACACAUCAAGGCUUGACUCUCUUUGCAGCAACUGAGGGAAAUCAUGGUCGGGCAGUGGCUAAAAUGGCAACGCUGCUGGGAAUAGAAUCACAAAUCUUUGUUCCCCAGUAUCUGAACAAGUCGACGCGCAAUUUGAUUGAGAAGGAGGGGGCCUGCGUAGUGGAAGUUCUAGGAGACUAUAACGAGGCUGUUAUCAGGGCAAAAACCACUGCACAUGUGCUUGGAAUCAAUGGGUUGUUGAUCCAGGAUACUGCAUUUGACGGCUAUGAAGAUAUCCCGCAGUGGAUCGUAGAUGGUUAUUCGACAAUGAUGCACGAAGCCGACUCGCAGAUCUACAACAUCACACAAGCUCGACCAGAUGUUAUCGUGGUGCCUGUUGGCGUUGGUUCUCUAGCUCAAUCGGUCGUUACCCACUGCAAGUCACAAGGCCAGUCUUGCACCAUUAUAACAGUCGAGCCAGAAUCAGCAAAUUGUCUACAGAUGAGCCUGAAGUCUGGCAAAUUAACCUCGGUCUCGACUAAAGAUACGAUCAUGUGUGGUCUGAACUGUGGCACUGUGUCUUCAAUCGCUUGGCCUAUCCUUCAUAAAGGGGUCGAUGUGAGCGUUUGCGUCGCAGAUGUUGAAGUUCAUGAGUCUCUUAUCCAGCUUAAAGAAUGUCAAGCAGUGAUAGGGCCAUGUGCCUCAGCUACUUUGGCGGCAUUGAAGAAAGUAGUCGAAGGGUCCACAGUGCCUGGAUUGGACAAGGACGCCGUCGUGUUGCUUCUUGGUACAGAGGGUAUGCGAGACUACGAAGUUCCAACUCACUGAAAAUUAUUAAAUCAAAUGCUUGAUUACUACCAAGCCUCUCUCUCCUCGUUAGCCGGGGAUUUACAUGUCUAUAAUUCUAGAGGUGAUAGCCAAAUUGAAAGCAGGGGGCUUAUACGAAUGUCAAGAUUAUAAUUUUGAUCCACGUACGCAAGCGCUACAUAAAUAGAUUAUCGUAUUAAGAAAGCGAAUUUAAUAUCAAUACAUCAUUAAG